CUUCAGUCAGAGCUUCCUGUUUGUGAGCCACAGUGUGCUGGAGGAGCCUGAGCACAGCGCAGAGCUCCGAUCAGCCGCUGGCAGCUGAUUCCACCGCUGCACUGCUGCGCCGUGCCCAGGAUGUGGCUUCGCCGUGCCCUGAAUGAAUGGCACUGAUGCUGGAAACACUCGGCCUUGGACUUCUCGAACGGUUUGCUGAUAUAAAGUCGCCCAGGACAUGGAGACAGCACUAUAAAGCGAGCAGUUGAUCGGUGAAGAUGCAGCAUACGUCCUGCACUGAGGACCGGAUCCAGCACGCUCUGGACAGGUGUCUGAACGGCUUGAGGCAAAGCCCCACAGCUGCACACCACUGGAAUGUGCUGAUGUGCUCAGCGGGUCAGUCGAUGAACCGCUGGAGCCUGGAGGAGCUGGUGAAGAGAGACCCCAAAAACUUCCUCAUCCUUUUAGAACAGAUCAUCAGGAAGACCAGAGAGGUCCAGGAGCAGUGUCAGUAUGAGCUGGUGGCUCCGCUGGCGAUCAUGUUCUCCUCCACGCUGCUGCAGACGCCAUACUGCCCUCCAGACACAGAGCUGCUGGAAACAGCCAUGGAGGUGUUCUGCAGCUUCCUGACCUGGCCUGAGCCGUACUGCAGUGUGUGCAGGAAGCUGCUCUCCACACUGCAGCUGGAGAUCAGGGUUCCAGGCAUUUCCUUCCACAGACUGGUGAGAGAAGAGCAAGGCCUGAACACCUCCAGCCACUGCUCUAAAACCAUGACCGUACUGCUGAUGAACCCCGCUGAAGUCCCUGCUGACUUUCUGUCGGUGGCCGAGCAGCUCAGUUGCAUUCAGCACUCGCAGAGAGAGACCUACAUCGCCCUGAUCAAACACGCCUUCCAGUCCGCUCUGGGCACCAAGUACCCUCUGAGCAGCAUCCACAGGGCUCUGCAGUCAAAGAGUGUGACUGAGCUGGAGGAGGUCUUCUCCCUGUUGAGUGACCUCUUGGAGACGGCUGCUGCCAUGAGCGACCCGCUGAAGGGCCGCAGCCAUGUCGUCCAGGGUCUGGAGAGCCUCAGGCUCAUGCUGAAAAUCUCCGCAUCCAAUGGGAAGAAUUCUGAAGGAAUGCUACAGACACUACCACUGCCUACAGCCAAAUGUUACAUGUUUCACUGGGAAAAAGAUAACUUUGAUGUUUUGAACGUCCUUUUGGAGCAUGAACUGGACGAUAUGGCGGGGGAGGACGAAGCAGUCGGCACCGAUGAGGACGGGCUGAAUGAAGAGACCGAUGGAGCAGCAGACAAUGUGGACGGAGACAACGAAGAAGAGGAGUACGGAUUGUCCUCGCUGUCCGUCAUUCCCAACGGUUACAGCCCCUGCCACCGAGAAUCCACGUUCUCCACCAUGUCCUCUCUGUCCACCACCUCCAAAGACUCCAUGUUCUCCACGGUGUCCGGCACCUCCGAGCUUUACGCCAACUCCAUCUACUCCGUCACCUCCGGGGCUGACAGCGACUACUGCGAGGAUUUUGACGACUACAACUGCUCCUCUCCCGCGGCGGAAAAAUGCUCUGGAAAGCUGAGCAAGUCCUCGACUCGGCUCAGUCGCCACUUCCAUCGGUUGUUCAUCAAACCCAAGAGCCCGCGGUUACUUUACCGCGCCAAAAGUUUAGGAAACACCGAGUCAAAAGACAUUUUAGUGGUACGAGGACAGCGGUCCAACUCUCUACCGCAAGAUGUCAAGCUACGUAGUCCUGACCCUCUGUUCCACCCCCAACAUCAAACUCUAAGACACAUCUGCUUCCGAAGACGGCCUAUCCUGAGCAGCGACGAGGACAGCAAGAAUACCACGCUGAGGGUGGUGGUGUUUGGCGCCGACCACGUGGCGGGGAAAGUGGCUCGAGCCUACAGCAGCCUGAGGAAGAAGGAGACUGAAUGUCCGCGUCUGAGCAAAGCCUUCAACCUUCAGUUCUACUUUGUGCCGGUGAAGAGGGACUCGGCAGGAGGAUCGGGAAGUCGAAGGUCCUCCAUUACUGCCGAUCAAACCGGAUCUCCAAAGGGAGUGUCCAUAUCUAAUGACCUUAACCAGAUGGACACGGAGGACAGUACUAAUGACAUUGCCCAUCUACUUGGCAUGUUGGACCCUUGGUACGAGAGAAACACGCUCAGCCUCCUGAACCUUCCUGCUCACGUCGUCUGCCAGCAAACAUCCAAAACAGAGUCAGAGUCCUACGACAGUUCAUACGAGCAGCGUCUACCCAUUCUGGCCGACUUGGUGCUGUACUACUGCCGCCAUGCCGCCAGGCCCGCUCUCAUCCAGCUCUAUCAGGCUGAGUUGACGCUGGCGUGCGGCACUAGGAGGACCGAGGUGUUCGUACACUCUCUGGAGUUGGGUCACACCGCAGGAACGCGAGCCAUCAAGGCCAUGGGUGCUGCCAUCAAACGCUUCGGUAUCGAUGGUGACCGGGAGGCAGUGCCUCUGACACUGGAGAUGAUGUACAACAGGGUGGCCAUCAGUGGAAGAAGCCAGUGGAAACGAGAAACCAAAGUCUGCACUUCAAUAAAUUUAACUAAAGCAUGCAAGAACCCCGAAGAAUUAGACUCAAAGAUGGAGUGCCUCCAGCUCACGAUGACUGAGGUCCUGAAGAGGCAGAACUGCAAGAGCAAGAAGGGCUACAACCAGCAGCUGACUGUGACUGAAGUGAAGGUGGACAAGGUGCAGAUCAGCGGUGCUGAAAACACAACUUUUGCUGUGUGUCUGGACCAGGAUGAGAAGAAGAUACUACAGGGUGUCAUCAGGUGUGAAGUUUCAGUGUGCUAUAAACCUGACAACUCCACUGACUGGAAGCUGAGGAAAACCCAGGCUUCUGCUCAGAUUCAGCCUCUCCACCCCACAUUCUGCUCCCUCCUCUGCCUGCCAAUCCUCACUUUCAGUGGGGCUUUACCCUGAAAGCACGGACUUAAAGGAAGCCGUGGUCAUGUUUGCUUCAUGGCAUUUGGACAGAAUUAAAGGUUGCAAUUAAAAUCAAGAACCUGGUUCAGCAGUGAUUGUUAAUCGUGAUUGAUAUGUGGGACCAAAAAAAUCUGAACUUUGGUUCAUAAUUGUGAUUUUGCAGACUGCAUUUUCUCAGUUGUCUCCAAUGGAGGGAAUAAAGACCUUAAACACAAUGACAGCAGAAUGUAUUCUGGUAAAAUAGGGUAAAUUUGUUGAAUAUCAGGUUGAAACUGAAUCCAACAGUAAAAGGUUACAAUAAGAGAAAACAUAGAAAUUCAGUUAUUUUGGAGCUAUUUCUUUUUCUGAAUAAACUGUCUAUUGUCAUGAACUCUGAAAAGACUCCAUUGUGGAGUUUUAUCAUAUUAUGUGUAAAUAAUGGAAAGUUGACACUAUGGAUUGAUGAAAAAUGUAAAUGUUAUAAUUAUAUUUUUUAAACAUAACUUUUUGGAUUCUCACCGUCAGUUUUUUUUUUCAUGUACAUUAUGUUAUGUAAAGUGAAACAUUCCUCCUGAGUAGUUGCACUGAAGUUACUGUUUUAACUAAAUAUGACCAGCAGGGGGCGCUCACGAUUUUUAUUAAACUUCAUUCGAAGUACAGACAGACUGAGACUGCAUCCACCAAACUUGCUGAAAGUUUACAUAAACCGUGAUCAUUUACAUGAUAGCCAUGCUCUCAAAUAUUAAGUGGUCAGAAUUGUCAAGGGUAUAAAUCAAAGUUGUUCUGAAAAGACGUGUUUUCAUGCAGAAACAUUCAUGUUCAAAACAAGAGAAUGAUUUACUGCACUUUCUCUAAUAUAAACUUUGACAAUAAGAAAUCGUUGUGUGUCGUUGCUACAAAUUGAAGACAUCCUGCACCCUUUAAAACUGUAAAAUGCAUAAGAAACUAAAGCUCUUAAAUUUUUAAAUUUGGUACUUAGAAACAUUUGUGACACCUUCUGUUAUAUGUUCCUUAUGAUGACAACAAUUAAAAAGUGAUGUUUGUCUCCUUUUCUCUGUGUGCAUCAAUGGAAUCAGCCGUAAACUAGCAGCUGUCAUUAAAAACUAUGAUUUCACCACAAUGUCUUUCAUCACCCGAACUGGUUUUUGAACAUGCAUAAUAUGAGUAAGCAGGUAUUCUCAGCCAUUGGACUGGAGUUGUGUUCAUAUUUGUGAAUGUGUUUUUGUACAUGUGAUUUACGCUGUAAGAUACAAAAGAUAAUUUCAGAGAUAAAACUGUGUGAAUAAAUUCUAAUUAA